GACACACGAAGGGAAGAAAAGUAGGUCAGAGACUGAUUUCGUUUAUGUCACAGUUCCUCACCGACCGGGACGUCAAAUUACUGAAUAAAACUGUGAUGUUGAGUUAUUCCUCCGGUUUCUUUCGCCGAUAUAGUACAUGCUUUGAACACAGCUGCUUGACUGAAUCUGUGCGAUGAUCUAAUGGCAGACCAAAGGAUGGACAUAUCCUCCACGAUGAACGAGUUCAUGUCCCAGAGCUCCGCAGAUCUCAUCAGUAGUUCUAUCGGCAGCUCGGGCAUGGAUUACACCCGCAAGAGAAAGGGCAGCACCACCGAAUACCAAAUUGAUGGCUUUUCAUUUGACGAUAGCAUGGACACAGACAAAGACAAGACGCUCGGAAGAGACGACCAACCGGGCCGGAUCAAAAAUGCCAGGGAAGCUCACAGUCAGAUCGAGAAGAGACGCAGGGAUAAAAUGAACAGUUUUAUAGAUGAGCUGGCAUCUUUAGUUCCCACCUGUAACGCCAUGUCUCGCAAGUUAGACAAACUCACUGUACUUCGCAUGGCCGUCCAACAUAUGAAGACGUUACGAGGGGCUUCAAACCCUUACACGGAAGCAAACUACAAACCAGCAUUCUUGUCUGACGAUGAAUUAAAGCACUUAAUUUUGAGGGCUGCUGAUGGCUUUCUCUUUGUAGUCGGUUGUGAUCGUGGAAAGAUCCUUUUUGUCUCAGAGUCCGUUUACAAAAUUCUCAAUUACACUCAGAAUGAUCUGAUUGGUCAGAGUUUGUUUGACUACUUGCAUCCGAAAGACAUCGCCAAAGUAAAAGAGCAGCUGUCGUCAUCAGAUACAGCUCCACGAGAACGACUCAUUGAUGCCAAAACCGGUCUUCCAGUGAAGACUGACAUCACACCCGGACCCUCCAGACUGUGUUCAGGGGCUCGCCGAUCCUUCUUCUGUAGAAUGAAAUGCAACCGUCCCUCUGUCAAAAUGGAGGACAAGGAUUUUCCCUCAACAUGCUCCAAAAAGAAAGCAGACCGCAAGAGUUUCUGCACUAUUCACAGUACCGGCUACCUUAAAAGUUGGCCGCCCACCAAGAUGGGUUUGGACGAGGACAAUGAACCUGAUAACGAGGGCUGUAACCUCAGCUGUCUGGUGGCCAUCGGCCGUCUGCAUCCGCACAUCGUCCCACAGCCCAUGAACGGCGACAUCCGCGUCAAACCCACAGAAUACGUCUCCCGCCACGCCAUCGAUGGCAAGUUUGUUUUCGUGGACCAGAGGGCGACAGCCAUCCUUGCGUACUUGCCCCAGGAGCUUCUAGGAACAUCAUUUUACGAGUAUUUCCAUCAGGAUGACAUCGGCCACCUCGCAGAGUGUCACAGACAAGUGCUACAGAUGAGAGAAAAAAUCAAUACAAACUGUUACAAGUUCAAAAUAAAGGACGGUUCCUUCAUCACCCUGAGAAGCCGAUGGUUCAGCUUCAUGAACCCUUGGACCAAAGAGGUGGAAUAUAUAGUCUCUACAAACACUGUGGUUUCAGGCAGUAUGCUUGAAGGAGCAGACCCUAGUUUUUCACAGACCGCUUCGUCUCCUCAGAGCAUGGACAGCGUUUUAACAUCAGGAGAUGGUGGAAGGAAACGUGCCCUUCAGAUCGUUCCUGGUAUACCAGGAGGGACUAGAGCAGGAGCUGGGAAGAUUGGACGCAUGAUUGCAGAGGAAGUGAUGGAGAUUCAGAGGAUUCGAGGCUCCUCCCCCUCCAGCUGUAGCUCCAGUCCUUUGAACAUCACCACCACACCUCCACCUGACACCUGCUCUCCAGGCGGCAAGAAGAUUCAGAAUGGUGGUACCCCAGAUCUGCCUUCAGCAGGAAUCGUGCCUGGUCCGGAUUCAAUAGGAUACCCAUAUUCAAACAAUUCUUUAAUGAGUGAUAACUCCCAUCUUAGUAUUGACAUCAUGGAAGAACCAGGAUCCAGCAGCCCCAGCAACGACGAGGCAGCCAUGGCCGUUAUCAUGAGCCUCCUGGAAGCUGACGCUGGCUUGGGCGGACCUGUGGAUUUCAGCGACCUGCCAUGGCCUUUGUGAAACCACAGCGGAGUCCCACAAAGACAAGUGUUGGGUCCAAGGCUAAUCGGGUUUGACCACAGCCAAUCAAAAGACCCACAGCGCGUGAGCACUAGCGUGCGGAGGACUAACAAGGCUGCUGAUGUUAAAUAUAGAGGACUUCCAACUCAAAGCACACAAAUGGUUUUGUUCCAAACUUCAAGCACCCCCGCUGAGCUCGCAUUGAACUUCACACCAUCCAUCCGACCUGCCUGUUUCUCUGUAGAUAUCGGCCUGUAGUAUCCAUUUGGUACCCAUCGUGGAUAUCUUUCUAUACAUAUAUAAAUAAACAUUUUUGUUUGUGUUUUAAUGUUUUUACACUACGAAGGUUGUUUAAAUGUUAAAUAUUCUAUAUGCAGAUUGUAACUAAUAUUGUAAUUCUAUUAUGUAAGAAUUCUUUAUGCAAAAUAUAUAUGGUAAAAGUGUAUUGUAUCAGCAGUGGAUAUUUUUAAAAUAAAAAAAUCUUGU